GGCUGUUGUUUACAACAGGUUUAGUGCACUACUCGGACGGUGCGGAACACAACUACACUAAGCUACUUAUUGGACUUUUCAGCAACAAUACGCAGCCAUGGUUGCGAUGAUGAAGAGACCGAAAGUAUUUCAGAUUGUUUUCACGGAGCCAACAAAGUCGUUUUACUGCGGCGGGGACAGAGUGUCCGGUCGCGUGGAAGUGGAGGUGAACGACGUGACGCGUGUGUCCGCAGUCAGGCUGCUGGGUUUGGGCUGCGCAAAAGUGGAAUACGCCAAAGGGAAGCAGCGAUGUCGGCAAGAAGCGGAAUAUCUCCGACAUGAAUCCGUUUUACAGAUAAACGACCAGCCGACAGACUCGGAUGGCUCAGUUGUCUUGAGGCCGGGCAACAAAUAUGAAUACUCUUUCGGGUUCGACCUCCCGCAGCAAGGGGCGCUGGUGUCCUCCUAUAAGGGCAAGUUUGGGUAUGUGCAGUACUACGUGAAGGCCGUCAUGGAGAGACCACAGCAGUCCACAGUGGAAUGUAAGAAGCACUUUGAGGUGGAGGAACCUCUGGAUGUCAACACACCUGAAUUGCUGUCGCCCACAGGCGGUCUGAAGGAGAAGAAAGUCACGUGCAUGUUCAUCCCGGACGGCCAGGUGUCCCUGAACGCCAAAAUCGACCGGCAGGGCUUCUGCGAGGGCGAAGACAUCUGCAUCAACGCCAAGUUCGAGAACACGUGCUCGCGCAUCGUGGUGCCCAAGGCGGCCAUCAUCGCCAAGCACACCUACCAGGCCAACGGGCGCACCAAGGUCUUCCGCCAGAAGCUGUCGUCGGUGCGAGGGAAUCACAUCAUCUCUGGAAUGUGCGACGCCUGGCAGGGGAAAACCAUUCGCGUGCCGAAGAUCAAACCCUCCAUGCUGAGUUGCAACAUCAUCCGAGUGGAGUACGCCUUGAUGAUCUACGUCCACAUCCCCGGCAGCGAGAAGCUGAUCCUGGAGCUCCCCCUUGUCAUCGGGACGGCGGGCCUGGGUAGCCGCAGCAGCAGCGUGAGCAGCCAGGAGGGCUCCCAAAGCUGGGUGUCCCUCCGCAUGCCCUCCGAGCCGCCCAGCUACUGCGACAUCACCAGCGACUGCCGGCUGGACACGCCGCACGCGCGCCUCCUCGACGACUUCGACGGCGACGACAGCCCCAUCUUCAUGAACACGCCGGCGUUCUGCUUCCCGCCGCCCCCCGCGUAUACGGAGUCGGAGGAGGACUUCAACGCCAACGCUCACAUGCUGUCGGUGUGCUGAGAGAGAGAGAGACGUUUGACCUGAAGAGAAACACCUCCGACGCGUCGGUAGAGACGAGGUGGUCACCCGCGUGAGCUUGUUCUCUCUGCACCUACUACCCGCUGCCCCCCCGAGUCUUCCGGGCGGAGUGCGCGGUGGGGGUUGGGGGGGGGGUGACUCCGGGCUCCGUUUGCUGUCACUUUAUCGCUUGAUCGCAGCCUGCUGUCGGAUUCUGGACAAGACAUGCGCUUUCCUCGUCAUUCCAGGGACACUUUUUUUUUUUUUUUCUUUGAACUCAACGCCAAGCAUUUGUGAUGACAUCAUCAUCACGUGACGAACAUUUAACUUGUGUUGUUUGCACAAAUGGGCUUUGUUCUUUUAAUGCAGGGGUGUCCGAUACAAGUAGCUUUGGAUGACAACCGCCCCCCCCCGUUCUUUAAAAGCGUGUAGCACUUGUCGGAUGCAUUUUGUUGUACUACUGCCUCCCGGCGCUUUGGAUCUGAUGUGGAAUUUCCUGUACGUUGACGUUUGUGGUGGUGUCGCAAAAAAAAAAAUCCACAAGCACUUUUAUUUAUGUACCCCAACAGUUGCCAAGCAUGAGCUCUUAGAAUAAAAUAUUCAAAUCACUACUACUUGGCGACCGAUGUCACACACACA